AUGGCGCCUCAAUCCUCUCGAUGGGCAAUCCCGCUGGUUGCCGGCCUUGCCGCGCCUGUCGGUAUAUACUUGACCUUUAUUAUUCUCGGGGCCUUUCCGUUCUUUCAAAGACACUUCUUAUAUGCUCACAAGCUCAACACAUUAUUCUGGCAUGACAUAGAUAAGCCAGAGCAAUGGGGGUUUGCCAGGAACCAGGUCACUCCAUUCCCUAUAGAGACGGCCGACGGAGAGACGUUGUACGCCUGGCAUAUCAUGCCUUUGCCCACUUACCUCAGGAACGAGGACAGAUUGCAAGCUGAGCCACAUGGGUUUGUGGAGGACUUUUCCUCAACCGAGUCCUUUAAGGUAUUGCAAGAGGAUCCAAAUGCACGCUUGGUCAUAAUGUGUAAGUCAUUCAAUGCUGGGCAUAUAGCACAAGCCAUUCGCCCAGGUAGCUACCAUACACUAACCGACAGCUCAACAUACCAUGUUCUCGCUAUCGACUACCGUGGAUUUGGAAAAUCAACUGGUGUCCCCUCCGAGGCAGGCCUGAUCAACGACGGUGCUGCUGCAGUAGACUGGGCGAUGAAGGUGGCCAAAGUCCCGUCUAGCCGGAUUGUCAUCAUGGGUCAAAGCCUAGGUACGGCCGUGACUAGCGGUGUUGCUGAGCAUUUUGCCAUGCAGGGAAUCGAGUUUGCGGGAGUCAUUCUGGUUGCCGGCUUUUCUAAUCUGCCCACGCUUCUCAGUCGUUACACGGCCGGCGGGAUUGUGCCGGUUUUGUCGCCAUUUCGAUCCGUGCCACCUCUUUUGCGAUUCUUCCACUCUUUCAUUGUGGAAAAAUGGCAAUCUGCUGAACGAUUGGCUACAGUUGUUGGGUUGACACGCAGUCGUCUCCGCCUCACCCUCAUCCAUGCCAAGAAUGAUUGCGAAAUUCCGUCUUCCGAGAGUGAUACCCUUUUUCGUUCCGCCGCCACCUCUCUGAUCGGUACCAAUCUUGACGACGAGGACUUUGCGGAAUGGAAGAAGGAGAGAACUGUUUUGCGCGAGGAUGGAACCUACAUUGUUGUGGCCAAGGGGGAGAACAACGUUGUCAUACGAGAAGAACUUGUUCCAUACGGAGGCCAUAAUGAUGUCAUGUGGUCUUCGCCAGUCGCUCUGGCGGUGAUGAGAUGCUUUGAAAUAGAUCACUAG